GCGUGCAGCUCGUGGAACGUCGAUCAAACCAAAAUCAAGUUAAAAUCAAACCAAAACCUAUUAAAAUGGCCUUUAAGUAUCUGAUUUUGGCGUCAGCUCUCUGUUUGAGCUUGGCCUAUCCGGUGGACCAACAUCAUUAUUAUGAGGAGAGCCACGGCGGCUAUGAGCAUCUGGCUCAUCACGAGGCGGCGCCGAUACACGCCUAUGGACAGCAUCAGAUUGAGCGCAUCUCCCUGGGCGAGGAGCAUGGACAUGAGAUACCACACUACGAGGUGGAACAGCAUCACACAGAGGAUGAGCAUGUGGAUUACUAUGCCCCUCCCAAGUAUGCCUUCAAGUAUGGCGUCAACGACUUCCACACUGGCGAUGUCAAGUCGCAGCACGAGACCCGCGACGGUGACACCGUGAAGGGCCAAUACUCUCUGGUGGAGCCCGAUGGUUCCAUUCGCACUGUGGACUACACCGCCGACAAGCACAAUGGCUUCAAUGCUGUCGUUCACAAGACAGCGCCAGUGCACCACCAUGAGGAGAUCCAUGAUCUGCACGAGCAUCACUAUUAAGCAACGAAUGCCUUUAAACCCAAGAGAGCA